AUGUCAACAUUUUCGCUACAGAUUCAAAUCAGUACAGGCGACUGUUUGAAUGUUGAUGUCAGCGACACAUGGACGAUAAGGAAAUUGAAAACAGAAAUCAAUAAACAGGUUAAAGAAGAUACGACGUCGGCUCCAGAUCCAAACCGCAGCGAUGAUCAUGAUGGCGCUGCAGUGUGGCCGAAUCUCCGAUUGGUACUGUCUGGUCGUGAGCUUCACGAUGAAUUUACUAUCCAGGAAUGCAAUCUCCGGCAACAUAGCAUCAUACAUGCAAUUAUUACUGUUAAAAAUGACAAAGGGAUAGAAAAGCCAUCAAGAAAAAGUUACACCAGUCUAGAAUCCUCUAUUUCAGAUCACAGACCGCAUUUUUAUGUCUUCUGCAAAAUGUGUGCCGAUGUCAGACUUGGAAAGUUACGUGUCUGUUGUCAGCAAUGCCAGGCUGCGACAUUCAUUGUUGAACAGGACCCGACCUGCUGGGAUGAUGUGCUCCGACCAAUGAGAAUUCAUGGUACAUGCCAGUCAGAUGGUUGUCAUGGAAAUACAGCCGAGUUUUAUUUCAAAUGUGCCUCUCACAAGACAUCGCUAAUGGAACGAGCUGCGGUUUUGUACUUAAUUAAGACGAAUACACAACAUGUUUCCUGUAUAACUUGUACAGAUACAAGUGAUCCAGUGUUGAUAUUUCCAUGCCAACAAAGCCAUGCAAUAUGCAUACCAUGUUUUACCAGUUAUUCUUCAACAAAACUUAACGAGCGACAGUUUAUACAGACACCACAGUAUGGGUACACAAUUGGAUGUGUCGCUGGAUGUGAAAACUCUUUUAUCCAAGAAAUUCAUCAUUUCAGGUUAAUGGGACAACAACAGUAUGAAAAAUAUCACAGGUUUGCCACAGAGGAAUGCUUAUUGCAAAGUGGUGAUGUCUUGUGUCCUAAUGCUGGAUGUGGUGAAGGAUUGUCCAUACCUGAUAUGCAAAUAAGGAAAAUACAUUGUAAAACAUGCAAGUUUUUAUUCUGUAGACAUUGUUUACUAGAAUACCAUUCAGGGGAGUGUUAUCAGCAAUUGGAAAAUCCAUCAGGGGGUGCCACAGCUGGAGACCUCAUUGAUCCUGUUCAGGCUGAGAGAGCAAGAUGGGAAAGGGAAGCAAGGGAAACGAUAAGAAAAACCACCAAACCAUGCCCUAAGUGUAAAGUCCCUGUUGAAAGGAAUAGUGGUUGUAUGCAUAUGGCAUGUCCACGUCCCAACUGCAAUUUUGAAUGGUGCUGGAUUUGUCAGAAAGAAUGGAAUCUUAACUGUACUGCUGAUCACUGGUUUGGAUAA